AUGAAGUCCGCAACUCUUCUCCUCGCCCUCGCUGCCUCCCUCAUCUCAGGCUCACCCACACCUCGCGCCGCAAAGGACCCAUACUUCUUCCUCAUCGGCGACUCCACCGUUGCUGUGAACGGCGGCUGGGGCAACGGCUUCCUCUCCUAUCUCAAAUCGCCCGCCGAGGGCGAGAACAGAGGCAAGUCCGGCUCGACCACUGUCUCGUGGAAGUCCAACGGCCGCUGGGACUCGCUUCUGCAGGGCAUCAACGACACCAAGGCCGACUAUGAGCCGAUCGUGACUGUUCAAUUCGGGCACAAUGACCAGAAGGUCAUGGAGCUGGAUGAGUUCCGUGCGAAUUUGAUUGACAUCGCUGCUGAGCUCAAGAGUGCUGGAGCUACGCCGAUUUUCAUCACUUCGCUCACUCGCCGAACCUUUGAGGAUGGCGAGGUGGUGCAGAACCUGCACGACUGGCGCGGCAAGACAAUCGCUGCGGCGAAGGAGAGCAAGAUCAAGUGGCUCGACUUGAACAUGAAGAGCACCAACUACGUCAACGCCAUUGGAGAGGAGAACUCAACCGCCUAUAACCUCGGUGGCUCUGAUCGCACCCAUUUGAGCCCGGCGGGUGAGAAGGUGUUUGGAAGGAUGGUUGUUGACUUGCUGCUCGAGAAGCGGACUGAUCUUGCUGGAUACUUUGAGGCGGACGAAGAGAUUACUAACGCUAUUGCCAACGGAGAGUUUACGGAUGGUGGCUUGUGA